CUGUUUUGAAAAAAAUACUAAAACCGAUUUAAAAUCCACCAUAAUAUUAUAAACAUACACACAAAAGUUUUCACAUCGUAGCCGCCGUUAGAGAAAUAAAUGAUUUCAGAUCAUUGGUACCCACCACAUCUAUUAUUGUUACCUUUACUCUAAAAAACUAUUGAUUCUCAUUACUCCACCCCAUCCUAAUUAAUUUCCAAACAACUCCAUUCUCCUCUCACAAGUAAAAUGGAAAACAACACAACAAAUCAACGUCAGCCCCUGCUGCCACCUACCACCACCGAUAACCACCAUCGUCUACCAGUAGCAUCGUCGAAAGGCGGCGGCGAUGGUGGCUAUGUUCAUCUUCCUAGUAAUGUCGAUUCAUUCGUUGCAGAUGAAGAGGAUGACAUACCACCAAUUAAAACACCAAAAGAUUUUGUUAGAGAGUUUUGGAUAGAGUUUAAGAAAACCAUGUAUUUGGCAGCACCUGCUACUUUCAUGGGUAUAUGUCAAUACUCCCUUGGUGCUAUCACCCAAACUUUGGCUGGCCAACUUGGUACGCUCGACCUUGCUGCCGUGUCCGUCGAAAACUCCGUCAUCGCCGGCUUCUCCUUUGGUGCACUGCUUGGAAUGGGAAGUGCGUUAGAGACACUAUGUGGACAAGCAUUUGGAGCAGGGCAAAUUGAGAUGCUAGGAAUCUACAUGCAAAGGUCAUGGGUCAUCCUCAAUUCUACAGCUCUCUUAUUAAGCCUACUCUACAUCUUUGCUGACCAAAUUUUGAGGCUUAUUGGGGAGACUUCUGCCAUUUCCGAGGCAGCAGGCAGAUUAGCGUUAUGGAUGAUCCCACAACUAUUUGCAUACGCGAUGGUAUUUCCUAUAAUAAAGUUCCUACAAGCACAACGUAAGGUGAUGACCAUGGCAGUGAUUGCGGGGGUGUCAUUGGUCCUACACGCGUUCUUCUCAUGGUUGCUCAUGCUCAAGCUUGGAUGGGGCCUCUUUGGCGGAGCUAUCGUGUUGAAUGGUUCAUGGUGGUUCAUAGUGUUGGCUGAGCUAGUGUACAUUUUCAGUGGGAGGUGUGGGCAGGCAUGGAGUGGGUUCUCUUGGAAGGCUUUUCAAGAUUUAUGGGGCUUUGUUAGGCUAUCUGUUGCCUCUGCAGUGAUGUUAUGCUUAGAAACUUGGUAUUUUAUGGCUCUCAUUCUUUUCGCCGGAUAUUUGAAGAAUGCUGAAAUUUCUGUGGAUGCAUUAUCUGUCUGUGUUAACGUAUUAGGAUGGACAGUUAUGGUCGCUUUGGGAUUCAAUGCAGCAGUAAGUGUAAGGGUGUCAAAUGAACUUGGAGCAGCACAUCCAAGAGCAGCAAAAUUCUCCGUCUUAGUGUCCGUAUUAAUUUCAUUAUUAGUGGGUUUAAUUAUGUCACUAGUAUUGAUUAUCUACCGAAGCAAUUAUCCGGCAGUAUUUACCAGCAGUAAAGAGGUACAAGACAUUGUGUACAAACUCACCCCUCUUCUGGCUCUUAGCAUCGCGGUCAACAAUAUUCAACCUGUUCUUUCAGGUGUGGCAAUUGGAGCAGGUUGGCAAGCUUUUGUUUACAUAAACGUGGGCUGUUACUACAUAUUGGGCAUUCCCUUGGGCCUUAGUCUGGGAUAUGCUCUUGAUUUUGGAGUCAAGGGUAUAUGGUUUGGGAUGUUAUCUGGCACAACUGUGCAAACCAUAAUCCUAAUUUUUAUAGUCUACAAAACCAACUGGAAUAAAGAGGCUUCCAUCGCUGGAGAAAGAAUUAAAAAAUGGGGUGGACCUUGUACAUAAUUAAUUAAUUAUAGUGACAAUGUGACACCAUAUACAAAGAUGUUGAGAUAUGGAUUUUGGCUCUUUUUUUUCCCAACUUUUUACCCAUCACAAAUUUAAAAACAGUUGAGGUAGUUGAAAGGGAUUACCAAAUGUGCUAGCUAAGUAUGCGAUUAACGACAAUUAACAACAACGAAGAUGGAAAAACAAGCAAUAAACGAGACAAGGAGAAUUUACCGUGGGAAACCCGAGAACCAGGAGAAAAACCCACAAAUCCACUAUGUAGUAAUAAUUUGAUGAAAACAAUGUAGUUUACAAGCUUUCAAUUACCAUGAAAGCUCUUACCCCAAACUCACCCUCUCAAACACCGGUUUUGGACCAGACCGAUUUUUUUAUUAAAAAUAUGUGUGAAAAUUUAAAUAAU